AUGGAUGAGAGCCCAAUCAUCAGGAAGGCAAAGGUCAACCAGGAAGACUUAACUGAGAGUGACUGUGAGUAUGACAGUGAACAAGUUGACCUUGAGGAAGAUGGUCUUGAAAACAGAGUUAUCAACAGGGGCGAUGAAACGGAGCAAAAUGUAGAGGCACUGUUUGGCGAUCAGACUGUCAGUUCUGAAGGCGGGAGAAAGAACAGUUCUACCUCUGAUGUCAACAGUCAGUUGGAGGUAUUCCGCCAGCAGUGGCAAGAUGAGUUGCAGCAGAAACCAGGGAGUCGAGGGCAGAGUCCAAAAAGCAGUGUCAAUGAAGGCAAUAAUGUUUGCUUGAAGGCUAAACAAGCCAACGAUAUUGAAAAUGAGGCCCGAGCUUUCUUUUUGCAAGGAAUGCAGGCUGAGGAUGAUGGGAUGUUGAAUGAAGCCAUAUUCUACUACAGGAAAGCCCUUCAGCUGGUACCAGACAUAGAAUCAAGGCUGGGCAAUGUUUUAAACAGAGGUCCCAAAGACAGAGCAAUACAAGACACUGAGAGUCCUAUGGAAAAAAGUGACUUGGAAGAAGAUCUCUUGGUACAUCUGCAGCACAUGAAAUUAAAGGAUGAAGCGCUGUGUCAGCCAGAAUAUGAGCAAAAGAUGACUCACAUAUCUUGCCUGCCUGUGGAGUUGAUUGUCUACAUCCUUCACUGGGUGGUCUCUAAUGACUUGGACCUGAGAUCACUGGAGAUGUUUUCCUUGGUAUGUCGAGGAUUCUAUGUUUGUGCCCGGGAUGAAAGAGUUUGGAAAAAGGCAUGCGAGAAAAUCUGGGGAGUCAAUCUGGGUAAUUCAAAGAGAUACAAUGGAUCAUGGAGAAGAAUGAUGAUUGAGAGGCCUCAUCUGCUGUUUGAUGGAUGCUACAUCAGCAAAGUGACCUACAUUCGGCAGGGCGAGCAGGGCAUGGACAGCUUCUAUCGUCCCUUCCACCUGGUGGAGUACUUCAGAUAUGUCCGCUUCUUUCCUGAUGGUCAGGUGCUUAUGUUGGUGAGCCCAGAGGAUCCCAUACAGUCAUUGCCUAAACUCAGAUACCGUAACUCCAAGGUUGCUGGUAUCCUUAGGGGUGGAUACAGAAUGUCUGACUUUAAGGUGACCUGCAUUCUCAAGAGGGUCAGGUCUGAACCUGUGAGCAACAACAGAUACAAACGCCAUCGCCAGGCAGCCAAUCAGCAUGAAGUGGAAAUGUCAUACUCGGUGGAGUUUGAUGUGGUGUCCUGUGGCAAGAGAACCAAUGCUCAGCUGGUAUGGCAUUCCUAUGCAGUUACUUCUGUGCAAAGGUCAACGGGCGAGGAGGUCACCAGUAAUUUUGACCUCAACAAACGCACCUUUCCUCCUCUGAUCUUCUCUCGUGUGAGAAGCUACACGUCUGCAUCCACAGAGCCGCUGAUGUAA